AUGCGUUCAUUAACACGAAGAGCAAUAACACGAUACGUUGUUAAUACACAUUAUCAAAACAUCAUACAUCGUGAAGUUCAAGACUUUAUGUGUCGAUUAUACCAAACUUCAAGCAAACCCACCGAUCCAACCUAUGAUUUACGACUUUGUAUUUUAAAAAUUCUCGUCACGAUAACAUACGGAAGCAGAGCAGAAUUAACGGCGCCAACGUUUAAAAGGUUCUAUAAUGCAUUAGCAGAAUCUUAUGCGAUAGAUACUAAUAGAAAAAUAACCGGCGCAGCUCCCUGGUUAUCAAGAACACCGUCCGUUAACAAACAUAAAUCACGUGAAUUGAAAGUAAGAAAACGGUUAGCUGAUACUGCUAAAGAAUUGGUUACUGAUUUAAACCACCGCGUUACGACGGAAACAGAACGACGAAAUUGCUUUGCUGUUCAUAUUUUGAGGUCAAUAAGAAAAAAUAAUGAUAACAGUAUACGCGAUAUACGCGACAAAAAAAAGAAUGGAAAAUUGAAUUUCAAAUUACCGACAAUCGAAGAAGGAAUUGCACAACAACUUCAUGAAGAAAAUGAUCAUCAGACAUUUGAUGAAUACGAUUCGUUGCACUUAAUUGCGAUGUUUGUGUUUGGAGGAACUGGUGCCACGGCAUGUUACUUUACAGUUCCUCAUGCGACAACAGUCGACGAUGUCUAUAGGGGAUAUCAUAUUCCUGCAAAAAGCACAAUGCUAGUCAACACUAGUCAACUACAUUUCAGUUCAACAAUAUGGGAUAGACCUAAAAGAUUUAUUCCGGAACGAUUUCUGGACACAGAUGGUCAACUAAAACAAUUCAACAAUGACUGGGAAGAUCCUUGGAUCUGGUGUAAAGGUCCACAAGGGUGUAUUGGACAAGAGUUGGCAGAACGAAUGCUGUGUACAAUUGUCGCAUACACCCUCACUUAUUUCACAAUUCAACGGGAAAUCGAUCCAAAAACAAGACAACCAUUCGAAUUGAAUAUGAGAGGCGAAGCAUCUGGUCUCGAUUUAAGUGCUCCUUCUAAUUUUAAACUGAAAUUUGUACCAAGAGAUGGGAUUAAAAUUAAUAAGUUGUUGCGAGUUAAUUUUCGGUAA